AUGUCGUAAUUCAGAGGUCGAGGUGGAUUUAGAGGGAGAGGUGGUUUCGGUUCAAAUUCAUCAGCUGGGGGAGCUAAGAAGAAAUUUUUUAAGUGCCCUAAAAUGGCAGCUAACUAACUCAAUCAAUACUAUUUGGAAUUAUUUGUUAAACUAAAAAAAGAUGCUGAUCUUCGCUAGAUCAGUCAUAUCUCAAUGUCCUACAAGAGAAUUAUCGGGGCUCUAGCUAAAUACCCUAUGCCAGUUCUAUGUGCAUAAUAAACUACUUAGCUUGAGGGUGUGGGGGAUACUCUUGCUUAAAGGUUUUAGAAAAUGAUUGAGGAUAGAGAAAAAGAGUUUGAAAAUGGUUUGUUUCAAAUUGAAUUAUUGAAAGGCUAAAAGAAAAGUAUAAGUGAAGAUGCCAGAAAAUUCGCUGGCUUUACAAUAGAGAUAAGUGAACUGAAUAAUAUAAGUGCAAUGAAUCUAAAAGAUUAUUUAAUCAAGAAGGAUAGAUAGAUAUUCAGGAAAAAUAAUGGUCUUGACGACGAAGAUGAGGUUAGUGAUUCUAAGAAGCGUAAAUUUAAUGAGAUUAGUAACGAAGAGGGCAAAAAAGAAGCAUCGAGUGGUGGAGGAAAGAAAGGCAAAGGAUAAGCAGGUAAUACCUCGGCCUUUUUAGAUGUAGGAUCUGUUUCGUGGUCUAUGCUUAUUGCUAUUUACAUACUCACUCUCCAUGAUGAUAGAAAAACAUUCUAUAUCACAUUGGAUAGCAUAAAAGAGAUGCUCGAAGUGCUCAAGAAUGAGUUCAGUGAUUUUAUACCCUUUGAAAAUGAGAAAUUACUUAUGGAUCAAUUCGCUAUUGGUGAUCUAAUUAAGUUCAAAGAGAAUUAAUUCAUUGAUGUGAUUGAUCAAAAUAAUGCCAUUUCUAACAAAGAUGCUGAUAUUUGGAGAUUUAAGAUGACUGAUAAAGGCAAGAAUAGAGCUAAUAACUUGUGCAAAAGUGUUGGACUCUAAAUUCAACUUGAAACAGACUUAGAAAAUCCUACAAAAAAUAAGAUUACUAUAAAUAUGUAUGACAAAGACCUUAUGCAAGUGGUUGACUAGCUAUAUCUAAGAGAUGGAACUUAGGUUCAGCAGAUGAAAUAGGAAAGCGGAGGAAUACUUGGAAGAAAUGAGAUUUUCUAACCAUUUAUUACAUAGAUUGAAAAAGAAAUAGAUGGACUGCUUUUCGAACUUUGUACUGGCAAUAGCAAUAAUAGAGAAGUUUUGAACGCAUAAUAAAAGAAAGAGGAGCAGCAAAUGAGCAUGAUAAUGAGUUAAAUGUUCAAUAAUAAGUAUUAAGAUUUAGAAGAUGAGGAGGAUGAGGAUGAUAGAGUAGAAGAAUUGCAUGGCGUGGGUGGAGAUGAUAUAAUUAUGGACGAUUAACCAUUCACAAUAGAGUCUCUAGCAACUGUUUAGCUAUAAAGUGAUUUAAUGAACUUGAUGAGUUCUCCUAAAAAGGAUGAAUAGGUUUAGAGGUCAAAUGUCUCUAUAAAUAAAUAAGAAAGAAAAUUAAAGCAAGAAUAAAAAUAAAUAAUCAAAUAGAUCAAUCGACUGGAUGAUAUGUCAAGUGAGGUUUUACUGUUUGUUGAUAAUAGAGAAAAGAAAUCUUAAGCUUAGGGUAAUUAUUUGCAUGAAAGGCUUACCAAAACAGGGGUAAAUUGCGAACUUAAAGCUCUACCCUUAGGAGAUUUUAUCUGGGUCCUUAGAGUAAGACAGUAAGCACCAGUUGAAGAAUGCAUUGAAGAUGAUGAGCCAGAUGAAAGAACACAAUCAGCGAUGGUAUCAAAAUCCAGAAAGGCUAAGUAAAAAGCAGGCUAAGUCACUAAGAAAACAAAAAAGAAAGCUGGAGUUUUUAGAGAGUAUAUUGAUUACGUCCUUGACUUCAUUUGCGAGAGAAAAACUGCUGAUGAUCUAGCAGCCUCUAUACUAGAUGGUAGGUAUGAAGAGCAAAAGUGUAGAUUGAAAAAUAGUAACAUUAAUAAUGUGAUAUAUUUGGUCGAAGGAAAGCCAGGUUAAUAUUGCAAAAUCCCUUAAACAGUUCUUAAUAAGGCUUAGAUUCAUACCUAGAUAUUUCAUGGCUUUAAUGUUCUAAGAUUAGAUACUAUUCAAGAGACUUUGAAGUGGCUGACUGAUAUGACUAGGGAAAUCAAGAGUAAGAUUGAUGUUUUAAAGCAGACUUAGAAAAACUUUGAGCUAAAUAUUAUUGAUAAUCUAAUCGAUUUUAAGCAUUUUGCUCUUGAAAGCGGGAAAAACUCAAACUUAAAUGUACAGUAGAUAUUCUCUAGAUAACUGAGAACUAUAAAGGGAUUAGGAACAGAUCACGUGUCUACAAUAUCCAGAGUCUUCAAAACACCUCGUAUUUUAUAUGAAAGUUUCGGCAAAUGCAGAGAUGAGAAAUAAUGCUUGAAUCUGUUUAAUUCUGGGAAAAUGGAACUAAUGAGGAACGAAUAAAUGUACAGAUAAGCUAUCAAUUAAGAAAACACUUUGAUUCCAGGUGAUGAGGCUAAUCCAAGUAUUCCUAAGAAAAUAGAGGAUACAGAUAGAAUAGAUCUCUAAAAUGUCAUAAAUGCCGCAGAUCAACGGUUAUUCCCCAAGGUAUUGAGGCAAUUUGAGAAGGACUUCGGGGUUAAAAUGCGUAAGAUUAAUAAAAAUUAGAGCUAAAACCUUUGGGAGUUCUUUUGCAAAACAAAUUAUAAGAGACUAAGCAUUAGUGGACCAAAUCGUAAUAAUUACGAUGAGUUCAUGGAGGAUAAUGAUAAUAAUAAUGAUCAUUAGGAAUUUGAAGAUGACUAUGAUUAGAAUUAAGAAUAAGUAUUGUAAUUCGAGUGA